UAUUAGUAUUGGAUUUACCCUCGUCAUCGGUGCCCUGAAAGUUACCCAGCUGUCUCACUCACUCAAACUGUUUCCUGCCUUUACAGUCCCUCACUCACUCACCCCUCUGCUCUAACCACUAACUAUUGGAUCACUCUUUGGAAAUUACCUGCACAAAGAAUAGCUGAAAAGGGAAAUAUCAAUCAAGAGUUGGAAUGGUUCGGAGGCCUCCGUCGUGACAGGUUGCUCAUCACACAUGAAAGGAAUGACUCUGAAUCAAAACUGGUGAAGAAAGCCUUUUCCAUACAUCCACAUACCAGAUUUAAUUUCUUCAUUGACUGGACUAGCAACCAGUAGGAAUAAGUAUGUCUAAAUUGUAACUAUAUUGCAUGCCCCUUUUUUUGUGUAUAUGUGUGAUCUGUUCAGCUUUGUGUUUUUCUAAAUAGAUAUCAUACAUGUUAUAAUUUAGAUAUAUAGCAAAUUCUUUAAGUUUCAUUGAGAGGGGACUGAAAUGUCAAAUCCUCACUAAGACUGAUUCUGGUCUUAUAUCAUCGUAAUUUUUCAGAAUCUCUCAGCUCAUGCCCAGUCUGGCAAGGCACCCACAUUUAGCCAUGAUGAGAUUGAGUUACCCUGCCCCAAAAUAGUAGAGUGGACGUGUGUAUUUUAGAGUUUGUGUGUGUGUGUAGGCUUGUGUGGGUAAAUCAUCUCCCCCUUCCCCCCGUUACUACAUGCGAGGGGAGAGGACAUGAUUGUGUCACGUGUCCCAUUCAAAUGGAGAGCCAGUGUUUCUGUUCCCCUAAACUGUAUUCUGUCUUAGGUGGGUAGCACUGCAGGACGAGGGUGAGAGCUCCCACACUACACCAUGGCCCAAUAUGACCAGUGAGUCUGCUCUUGUGUCGCUGAACUCAAUACAUAGGAUAGUCCUUUUUAAUAGUUUUACCUGGUUCUAAACAAAACAACGAGGGAAAGCUUUAAGUAUUAGAUUAUUAAUUGAAAGAAUCAUGUAAAACUUGGGAACAUUUUAAGCUCAGCCACCAUUACAAUACUACUGCAAUAUCCGCUCUUAAAUAUAUGUCAGAUAUCUUUGUUUGUCGAUGUUGCUUAAUGGUCUCUGUUUGGUUCUCUGUGUUAGACUGGAAGAUAAACAUUCUGUGGAUAUCCACGAUAACCCCACAGCCCCUGAAAAUAUUGUGAAAGAGGAAGACAAUACUGUGAGUAGCAUGCCAAUCUGCCGCUGUUGGGAACACCAUCCCUCAAACAGUUUAAAAUAGCAGCCAACUAGGAUGGUCAAAAUACAGUAACCUCAUUAGUUUAAUAUGUGAGGCUCUCUGCUCCCCUAUUUAUAUUCUGCAGAAAGGUGACACUGUGGGCUAAAUCCACAGAGCUUUUUUCAUUUACCACUUACAUUUACAUUUACGUCAUUUAGCAGACGCUCUUAUCCAGAGCGACUUACAAAUUGGUGCAUUCAACUUAUGAUAGCAAGUGGGGGUGUGGGGGAGGGGGGGGGGGGGGGUAGAAGGAUUACUUUUAUACUAUUCUAUACGUACUCUCCAGAAGUAAAAUAAUAGUUUAAAUACUUGUUAAAUGAAAACUUUACUAAUUUACUUAACUAAUGCAAAAACAUUUUGUAUGUUAUAGAUAACGAUCAUGUGGACUUUUCAAUUAUAGGAAAUCAUUGUUUUGAUGAGACUGAUUCUUUGGAUUUCAAUAAAAAUGUUCUACCUCUAGCUAAAUCAAAUCAAAUCAAAAAACAUUUUCUUGGUCACAUACAUAUUUAGCAGAUGUUAUUGCGGGUGUAGCGAAAUACUUGUGUUCUUAGCUCCAGCAGUGCAGUAAUAUUUAACAAUUCACAACAAUACACACUGAUUUAAAAGUAAAAGAAUGGAAUUAAGAAAUAUAUAAUAUAACCAAUCCAAUCCAAUAUAUACCAAUCCAAUCAGUAGUCACUAGGGUGGGGAAAGGAAGGAAAGCUGUCUACCAGUAAAAGUAUUGAGACAUAGCCACUCUCUCUGCAGGUAUACUUUAUUUAUGAGGAGGAGGUGGAAGUGGAGGAGAAGGAGCCUGAGCCUGAGCCAGUUGUUAUAUUGGUGAAUGACAAACCACACAAGUUCAAGGAUCACUACUGCAAGACACCCAAGUUCUGUGACGUCUGUGCUCGUAUGAUAGUCCGUAAGUUUUAACAUUGACCACAGUGGCUCUUGUAUUUAUUAAUAGUAUUUGUAAAGCUGAAGCUUAAUAAUACUGACUAGCUUCUUAAUAGUUGACUUUUUUCAACCUUUCAGUCAACAACAAGUUUGCUUUACGGUGCAAAAACUGCAAGACCAACAUCCACCACUCGUGCCAGUCCUAUGUUGAGUAUCAGAAGUGCUUUGGCAAAAUUGUAAGACAUUUUCAAUUCAUCAUUUAGAUAGUCAUUAUAAUGUCAGAACAUGAUCAAGUUGACAUUGCAUGCAGUUGCCAGAAACAGCAAUUAUUCUACAUAUUCAUAUUGUUGUCUCACCUAUAGCCCCCAGGUUUCAGACGGGCCUACAGCUCCCCUCUGUACAGCAGUGACCAGCCAGAUGCAGGUAAGACACUAACCAUCUCAACAAGCUAAGUGUUCAACUUAUUUUUUACUAUGUGUCCUCUCUCUGCUGCUUCCCUCCUGUCCAGCCCACUCCAACCGUAACGACCCUGUGUUUGACACCCUGCGGGUUGGGGUCGUCAUGGCAAACAAGGAGCGCAAGAAGGGGUCUGAGGACAAGAAGAAUGUGAGUGUGGAACUCUGUGUCCAUGGCACAUAUUAGCCAAAAGAUGAAAUUAAUGACGAUAAGUCGUCCAGAUAAUGGUUACAUUUACUGACAACCAUUUGCAUAGGGAUCAUAAAUAGUAUGUUAACCAUAUUUUUCCCCCUCCAAGAUGAUGAUGAUGAUGAUGGAGGAAGAGGAAUCCCAACAACCCAAAGCAGACGAGCAGGCAGAAGGUAUUGAAAGAGGAUGAAGCAUCCAUAUUGAAGCAUGUGAUAAUUCAAGGUGAUGGUUCCACUGCAUCAACUGUACAAAAAUAAAUUUUAUUUAUUUACAACAAUGUGUUUUAUUUAUGAUAUUGAAGCCCAUCAAAGUGAAUGGCAAAUGAACCGAAGCAUAAGAGGUGGUUGGUUGUCAAGCAGUUGCUAAACAAUAUAUGUAUGUCAACCUUUUACCAGACUAAUCCAGUACAAUUUCAAAAAAGAAAUAUCUUACACUGAAUGUCAAGGAGCAACAUAGAAUAAAUGUAAUACUGGUUCUAAAGUUGAGGAGUUGACCAUUGUUGUAUUGAAACUCUACAAUGACCCUGUGUGAUGUGCUUGUAGGAAAGCCAGAGGGGGAUAAGAAAGGAGACAAGGCUGACAAAGCAGAUGACAAGGUAAGGGACUGUAACUGCCUGACAUCAUGUAUACACUAACCAUGUAAAUAUCAAUAAUAACACCCUGUCUGGUACAUCAAUACAAUUAGUAGUUAAAUAAACAUCGGUGUAUGUUUGCUACAGAAAAAGAAGGAGAUGGGAAACAUUGGAAAUCAGUCACAUUACUACCUGGCUCUGUACCGCUUCAAGGCCAUUGAGAAAGACGACCUUGACUUCCAGUGGGUUAACCAAUACAUUUCCUUAUAUUGUAUGAAUGAUGUUUUAUGUCCAACAUUUCAGUCUUGUGGUAAUGUGAAACAUUUGAUACAAUUUGAUACAAAUAUACAAACCUUUGUGUCUUUCAGUCCUGGUGAUCGAAUCACUAUAAUUGAUGAUGCCAAUGAGGAAUGGUGGAGGGUAAGUGUUCCUGAAAAAAUUGUCAUGCAAGCUGACAAUGAUCAAAACUAGUAAUGACUCUACUCAUCAUGAGCUCUACUUUCUAUUGUCACCAUCGUAAAUAAGGGCUGUUUUUAUUUCUCAGGGGAAGAUUGGGGAGAAGACAGGUUACCUCCCCACCAAUUACAUCAUUAGAAUAAAAACGGGAGAGAGGGUGUACAAGGUGACGCGCUCUGUCGUGGGAAACAGAGAGAUGGGACAGAUAACACUGAAAAAAGACCAGGUAAGAAACAGGUGUCUCUGUAUCAGACCUGGGUCAAAUACUAUCACAUACAGUACUUGAAAGUAGUGUAAUUGAGGUGUGCUUUAUUUAGCUAUUACUGGGCACGCUGAAUCAAGCCCAGCUCAAGUAUUUGACCCAGGUCAGCUGUCUGUGUCUAUGAAAAUAAUAUGUUUCUUAGUUUUUCUUUGCAUAGGAAACUGAUGUCAGCUGCUUUAUGAUCAUGAGCAGUAUGGAUGGAUGUGUGCAUGUGGACAGUGACUGUAAUGACAGUUGCUACUGUGCAUGUGUGUGUCUGGUCCAGUGGUGGAAAAAGCACCUAAUUUUCAUACUUGAGUAAAAGUAAAGAUACCUUAAUAGAAAAUGACUCAAGUAAAAGUGAAAGUCACCCAGUAAAAUACUACUUGAGUAAAAGUCUAAAAGUAUUUGGUUUUAAAUAAACGUAAGUAUCAAAGUAAAUAUAAUUGAUAAAAUAUACUUAAGUAUCAAAAGUAAACGUAAAAGUAAAAUCAUUUCAAAUUCCUUAUAUUAAGCAAAUGAGAUGGCACCAUUUUCUUGUUAUUUUUAUUUACAGAUAGCAAGGGGCACACUCCAACACUCAGACAAUUUACAAACAAAGAAUGUGUUUAGUGAGUCCGCCAGAUCAGAGGCAGUAGGGAUGACCAGGGAUGUUCUCUUGAUAAGUGCAUGAAUUGGACCAUGUUCCUGUCAUGCAAAGCAUUCAAAAUUAAUGUAACAAGUACUUUUGGGUGUCAGGGUAAAUGCAUGGAGUAAAAAGUACAUCAUUUUCUUUAGGAAUGUAGUGAAGUAAAAGUAGAAGUUGUCAAAAAUAUCAAUAGUAAAGUAAAGUACAGAUACCCAAAAAACUUUAGUAGUACUUUAAAGUAUUUUUUACUUAAGUACUUUACACCACUGGUCUGGUCAUCUUCAACAAUUACUGUACCUUUGUGGGGCCACAACACCGUCCUCCAUUCUCUUUGUGUUGUGUUGCAGAUCGUGGUGAAGAAGGGAGAGGAGGUGAAUGGCUACCUGAAGGUCAGCACCGGCCGCAAGCUGGGUUUCUUCCCUGCCGACCUGCUCCAGGAGAUCUGAGCCUGACCAGAUCACAACCACAACCACAGGUCUGGAGUCACACCGUCACCAGGACCAUAACCACACAUCACCGAACCCAAGACCUGAACACAUGAUCAUCUUACACAACAUUUACACUAACACUUGUAUUUUCCACCUGUAGGGGCCUAUAGAGCUGAUCUGGUGAAUGUGUAAGCAGUUUGAGGGCUGUGAAGGCUUAGAGGGGAAGGGUGUUGAGUGUAACUUAAUACUGCAGCCUACCCACCCUGGUGAACUGGGUCAGCUGUCCAUGCAAUCCGAGCUGGACAGAAACAUGUGAUGUAGGACCAGGAGUGUGGACACUUAAAAAGUUAACAUGUUUGUGUCAUUUUAAUGUGAUCAAAACUGGACAACCUGAAACUACAUCUUCAGCAACAUGAAACCAAAAAAAGUUUCUAAACCCAAUGGCUGUAACUACUAACUGUAUCUACUAAGUAACUAGGAUUUUGACAUUAUUUUUGUUAUGCAAACUAAAUUAUCUUGGAGUCUAAUGUAUUGCUUACUCUUAUUGUAGUAGUUCCUUUUUAUAAAUAGUCAGCUGAAAUACUAUUGCUUCAUUUCCCCCUUGAUGCAAUUUGUUUUGCUUGGGUCAGUCUUUUAUCAUCGUUAGCAAAACAGUGUGCUAUGUAUUUGUUGUAUUUAUGUAGUAGACUAUUUAAGCUUUUGCCAGACAAAUGUAGGCCUAUCAUUGGUGCAAGAUUGUAACAUUACGCUACAGUCAUUUGUUAAUAAUCUACUAUUGAAAUACUAACAGUGGAGUGCAGGCUUUUCCCAUUCAUUGUCUUUCUUGAUAUGCAUCCUUUCAAAAGCUGUACAACGCUGUGAUACCAUCAUAGUAAACUUCGAUGACUGAUCAUUGUGGAAACAUGAAAUCAAUUCACAAUUCGAAAUAAAGUCCUUUAUUUUUGUA